UGUGAAGACGGAAGUGAUAGGAGGACUUCCCCCUGGCCAUUAAUUCAUUCCUUUUUGGAAACACUUAAAGGAAUACACCGCCGCCUGCCCAGACAUGUCUACCGCAUACAAAAACAGAAUACAGGAAUUCAAAGUAACCUUGAGUGAAGAAAACAUAAACUUGAAGACUCUGAGAGAGCUGUGCUUCAAUGGAAUCCCAUUUGAAGGAGGUAUACGAGCUCUUUGCUGGAAAAUCCUUCUCAAUUAUCUUCCUCUUGAUCAGACAUUAUGGGAAUCUUUCCUCAAAAAGCAGAGGGAGGUGUACUCCCAGUUCCUGAAGGAGAUGAUCAUCCAGCCCGGUAUUGCCAAAGCCAACUUGGGCCUUUCCAGAGAAGAUGUUACUAUGGAGGAUCAUCCUCUAAAUCCGAACCCAGACAGCAGGUGGAAUACCUACUUCAAAGAUAAUGAAAUUCUGCUACAAAUCGACAAGGAUGUAAGGCGGCUGUACCCAGACAUGGCAUUCUUCCAGCGUCCCACAGAAUACCCCUGUCAGCUUAUCUUGGACCCUCAGAAUGACUAUGAGACGUUGCGUCGGCGAGUCGAACAAACCACCCUGAAAGCACAAACUGUCAACCGCAACCGCAGUGGAGUCACCAAUGUCAGCUCCCCUGGAAAGGCGUUGAACCUGUAUCCAUCUAAUGAAUAUGAGGUACUGCCCAAUGGGAGUGAGGCACACUGGGAAGUGGUGGAGCGGAUCCUCUUCAUCUAUGCCAAACUCAACCCUGGGAUUGCCUACGUACAGGGCAUGAAUGAGAUUGUUGGGCCAAUUUACUACACCUUUGCCACGGACCCCAACAGCCAGUGGAAAGAGCAUGCUGAAGCAGAUACAUUCUUCUGUUUCACCAACCUGAUGUCAGAGAACAGAGACAACUUCAUCAAGAGCCUUGACGACUCUCAGUGCGGCAUCACCUACAAGAUGGAGAGUGUGUACUCCAUGCUCAAAGACAAAGACCUGGAGCUCUAUCUCAAGCUGGAAGAACAGAACAUCAAACCGCAGUAUUUCACAUUCCGGUGGCUGACCUUGUUGUUAUCUCAGGAGUUCCUCCUGCCAGAUGUCAUCCGCAUCUGGGACACCCUGUUUUCUGACCAGGACAGAUUCCACUUCCUCAUCCUGGUCUGCUGCGCCAUGCUCAUACUCAUCCGGGACAACUUACUGGCAGGAGACUUUACAGUGAAUAUGAGAUUACUGCAGGAUUACCCUAUCUCAGAUGUUCACACCAUCCUGACCAAGGCCAAAGACCUUCAGGAUAACUCCUAACCUGUUCCCUCUUUUCCCUCCUGCCUUUUCUGCUCAGAUAUGGUAGGUGAAAGUAUAAACAUUACAAAAUCAUUGUCAUGUCAAACAUGUAUCGUGGAACUGAUCAAUGAAGAGCUCGGACAGAUGCGUUGGGAAAAGCCAGCAUACUGCUUUUCAACUCGACGCCUGAUGAUUGGUCAGUGGGGACUGCCAUGAAACCUUUGAGGACAAGCUGAAACUAUUUCUUGGAGUGCAGAGGGGAUGCCUCUCCCUUCUUGAUGCAUUCUGGGAAAAGGCUAUCUUGGUCCUCCUCCUCUCACAGCCAUCUCUCCCAUGGAGACUUCUUGUGCUCAGAUAAUGAUGAUUGCACUGAGAGAGAGGGAGCCACAUUAGUCCUACACUACACCUCUUAGUUUGUCAUGAAAAUUUAAAUGUUUAACAACAGAGCCAAGAAUUCCCACUGCAACCACGGAUGUUGUCAGAUCGAGCAAAUGUUUCAUUGGGUAAUGCAAUAGUGCAUGUUUUGGUCUUUAAGGGUUUUCUUUUUUUAUUUUUAGAAGUUGAACGUUUUUAAUGUAAGAAACAUGUAUGCCUUAUCUGUUUAUUAAUAUGUGAAGCAGGAGACAGUAUUCCUGGGUACAUUUUCUGUCUGGAUAAAAUAAAUCUGAAGUGAGGGGCCUGACCUAUUGAAUACUUUACUAGUAACCUUUUGAAAAUCAUUAUUUCUUUAGCAUCAUGUCUCAGCAAUGCAUUUAGUCCCAUUGGAAAUGUAAUGUGAUGAAUUUUCCUUUGUUCUGUCAUUACUUUGACACAACAGAGUACUGUUGAAAGAACCAUCAGAGGGAGUUGUGGUGCUUUUCACACUGAACAUUAUUGACCGAGCUUCUUCUCCAACCUGGGUUUACAUGUAUCUCUGUAGUAACUUCAUUAUAGUACUUCAUAUCACAGUGAAUGAGUCAUUGCGAUUGGCCAGAGGGUGUGCAUGCAGAGGUGGGACCAAGUCAUUGUUUUGCAAGUCACAAGUAAGUCCCAAGUCCUAAACUUUGCAUCCUAAACAAGUCAUAAUGUGCUCCUCACCAAAUGGUAAUACCAUUUUAACAACUGAGUAAUAACAUAUUAAAUCUACAAAAAUCAUGAAUGCAUUUAAAAAUUUGUGUUUAAUUGGGUAACAAGUUUGUUGGAAGUUGUUGGAUAAUUUUUGACCUGUACAUUUUGUAUGCUGAAGUUUGUUUUUUGUUGUGCACCGUGUAGCUUUUGUUUACGAAUGAAAUUAUCGUUAGUAUCAUUUUUCGCAACUGAUGGUCAGUAACAUAACGUGAGUUAUUGAUUGUUCUCAUCUGCAACUUCAUUGGAUGCUAUGGAAUUGGUUCAAACAAAAGAGAUCUGGAGCAUUAUGUGUCGGCUUGCUUGAAAUUAAUUGUGUUAACAUUAGUUGAUUUAGGAAAUGAAGGGAAAUGGGUGGCACAUUUUUAAGUAACAUACUUUUUAAUCUUUGGGCUUGGGGGAAGGUAUCAAGUAUUUUCAACUCAAAAGGCUGAAGUCUAAAUUAGUCAUGAGUCAUUGGUGUUAAAGUCAAUAGUGUCUAAAUAAGAGCUUGUGUCAUACGGAUACAGCUGUUCCUCAGAAAAAUUGAUGAAGUGAUCCAUACAGUACUUUCAUGGAUACUUUUAUGUUACGAUGUUACAGAAAAUGAGCCGAAUAAAGUUGUCACUCAUCAUGUGAUAGCAAUGUGCUUUUGUACACUGUGACAAGAGCAUGUGAAUGAAGUGUUAAGUUAUUAAAUUUUACCUAUGGAGCAGCUAAAAUUUAGCUAGGAAGCUUGCUAAUUCCAUUAUGCUUUUAUGUUAUUGUUACAGUGAUUACAGAAAAUGAACCAAACACGGUUGUCACUCAUCAAAUGAUAGCAGUGUGCUUUCCUAUGCUGUGACAAGAGUGUGUGAAUGAAGCAUUAAGUCAUUAAUUUUUUUACUUAUGUAACAGCUGGAAGUUAGCUAUCUUGCUUGCUAAUUCAAACAAAGUUGAUAUGGAGAAUUAGGUGUCGACUUGCUUGAAAUGAAUAGCAUUAACGUUAGUUGAUUCAGGAAAUGAAGGGAAAUUAAUAAAUUGGUGGUCCACUUUAUAACAUGACAUACUUUUUAAAGGAGCUAUAUGUAAGAAAUCUAAAGCAAAUAGUCGUAAAAUCCUCCUAAUAUGUCACAGAGACUAAGGAAUAAUGUUCAUAUAACAUACUGAUCGCAUUUAAAAAAAUAUUUUACGGUCCGCAAAUCAUGUUUAUGUUUUGAAUUUGUGUUCUGGCCUGUUGCGCCACCCACCGUCGUCUACCAGUCACGCAGUCAGUAGAGUCUCAGCAUCAGUUACAGUUACGACUGAGCUACAGCAGCACGGCAAGCAGCAUUAGCAGUGUCCCGGUACAUAGCAUUAGCAGCCGGCUCCUCCUCAGCUGUAUCCCGGCAGCAGCGUUAGCAGCAGAGAAGCCGGACUUGCUCGAACGGUCCGCUGGAAAACCGAAGAUCAAGGACGCGGCGACGCGGCCCUGCCACGGCAGCCGCCCGUGGGCAAACAAAUCAGUCUCCAGCGUGCCGCUGUCCAGCAACCUCGAAUCUGUAGGGGAGGGGGGGCGGACACGACUCGCGGCAGUAUUUUGAAUUUGAGUGCAGUAACCGUUUUGGCCACAUUCUUACAUACAGCGCCUUUAAUCUUUGGCCUCGGGGGAAGGUAUUGAGUAUUUUUUCAUGUCAAAAGGCUCAAGACUAGUUGAAGUCACAAGUCAUUGGUGUUUAAGUCUAAGUGGAGUUGCAAGUCUUUUUUUAUUUUCAAAUCAAAUCUGAAGUUAUCACAUUUUUUACUGAAGUCUGACUAGUCAUGGGACUCAAGUCCACACCUCUGAAUGCGUGGCAAAGCAGCAUCAUCUAGUCAUAAGUGAAUUCAUAGUUGGAAGGCAGCUGGUUUUUGCUGUUACUAGCCGACAGUAAUAAAGCUAAGUACUGAAAUGUUCCAAUAUUAGUGCAGUGCAAUACAGUACCGAUACAUUAGCAGAUGAGUUCAGGAGAUACCACAGUUAAACUUUGUUGUUAAUUUGAGAAAUAUAACCACAUUUUUCUACAGUUACAAAGAAGCCAAAAUGAGAAAUUGUGCCUAAAAAAAUAGUCUUGAAUUUGAUUUAAAUUGGAAUUGUGUGAUAGGAGAAUAAAUAAAAAAAGAUUUUGACCAGACAUUCAGUGCCCACAACUGACAUCUGACAUCUGUUACAUUUCAGUCGGUAACAGAAAAAGAGUAGGGAUGCACAACAAUAUUGGCACAUCAUUGGUAUCGGCCAUUAUCAACUUUAAAAUCAACUAUCAGAAUGAAUAUUACAUACAUUGAAAAGCAUUCUAUUUCAUCUCUCCCAUCUGUUGGUGAGCCAUCACGAUAAGAGUAUGCAUGCAUAAUGUGAUGGUAUUUCCACUACAGAGGAGACUUGAUUAUCACUGAAGUUAGGUGGGGGAAAAAGUAGAUAUAUGGUUUCGGUAUCAGUUAUCCGCCAAAUUAAUUGCUACACAUCGGCAUAUCGUAUAUUGGCAAGAAGUCCAAUAUCGUGCAUCCCUUAAAAAAGAGAGAUUUGAUUGCCAGCCCACAGCUAGUCUGUUGAAAGAAAGUAAUUACUUGGGUAUCGAAGGCUAACCUAUGUUCAAAUAACUGCACAACAGAGCAGCCAUGUGGAUUUCGAUAAUUUGAUACUCAUUUGGUGUUGUGGUAGCUACAAACAGCUUAGAUAAGCUAUAAACUGCUAGUUAAUUUUAGAUAAGCUACAAACAGCUAGCUAACUUUACGUCAGGUACAAACAGCCAGCAUUACUUUGGAUAUUUUGUUUACGAGUAGGAAAAAUGAAUGUUGGCUGAAGCAGCUGGCAUGCACAAGAACUAGAAAAUGUUCUAGUAUGCUUACUUUAGCAAAACGCACACAACUGAGAAAUACCAGUCUUAUAUUGAGGUUUAUGGGUUCAGGUGCUGUAAUGGUGAACUGUCUUAUUGCUUAUAUUACAGUUAAACCAGAAGCAUUUGAUAGAACAGAGAUGAAAUGGAUGUAAGAAAUAAUAUUACGUGCUUAAAAGCCUCUCAACUUGAUGAUUAGUAUAAAACUCAGACUCUGUUCUCUUUCCCUUUUUAUCUGUGAUCUUAUGUAGCUAAAACUCAAUAGUGGAAUGACAAGCAAGCUGAAAUAGCUUGACUGAACAACAUGCAGAUGUUAUUCUAAACAUCUGUUUCGCAAUGGAAACAGGCCUGCAGUUGGUUGUCUUUUUUAAGGAAAUGAAAGCCUCAGUCAAUAGCUAAGCUAGUUCAGGGUUAAUGAUGCAGGUAAACCUUUGGUCAAGGGUAUUAACUGGAGCUGCGAUGUUUGAGGGUGACCGCAUAUGGUGCUAGACAUAAAGGGAUGGUGUCCGACUGACAGAACUUUUUGGGUACGCUCGAAUGGAUGGCAGCCAGUAUGCAAUAGAAGGUUUAUAAAUAUAAAGUUUUAGCCUUCUAUUUAAGAUGUUUUUAAUAAUUGCAGGAUUGUAAUUCUCACUUACAUCUUUAUUUUAUGUAUAAAAUAUAUUCAGAUUCAAGGCUGACUGCGGAUGCUUCAGUGAAACGAAUCAAUCGUCCUCAAUGAAUUAUGAUAGUGUGCCAGCUAUUGAGCCUUUCGGCAGGUGCAGACCAUAUUUUUCAGUGCAUGUGUUGUGCCCCAUUGAUAUGACAUGAUUUGACACCAUGACUUCUCCCCUAUCAACUUGCCUUUGAUUAAGCCUGAUAAUGUUCAGUGUGAACACCAGCACAGCUUCACAGCUUUGAUCCCCAUGUCUGUUAUUAUUUGAACUUGUGUUGUGUGCACAUACUAUAUGAUCUAUGUGGCACACAGGUCAUGGCUUGAUUAAUCAUAUGAAUGUAAAUGUGUAUCUGCAAACUGAAAUCUGCCAUUUUUGUAAUCAGUCACAAGCUUGUUACAUGUUAACAAUGUUUAUCAGUGGGCAAGAAGUCAUCUCAGAAAGCUGUUUAAGAGCUCUAAUAUGUUAAUGAUACUAGGGUUUAUGAAUUCAUUUAUUUCAUACUCAAAUGAAGGCAGUUUAUGUAGAUCGGUGAUGAAAUGCUCCCCCACAUUAUUACGAACAAAGAUCAAUUUUUUUGCUGAAGAGGUCAUUGCAGCUCACUUAGUGUCAUCUCAUCUUGUACAAAGUGCAGGAUUUUCAAAAAUGAGCCUUCAUGCCCAAAAUGUCAACUGACACCAUUCUAGGGCAACUGAAGUAUUUCUGUAAUCUGUCACUUUUAAUAAUCUUUAUAGACGUGGAUGGGCCAUUAAUAACUCUUUUCCUUGUCUGCUUUUUCUGCUACGGAAGAUGAAAUCAAAUCUUACUUGACCAUCCUAAUCACAGCACACUAUUAAAAUGUAGUCUUUAAUAUUGUUGAGUUGUGUGUGUGGAAGCUGUUUUCUUUUAACAAACAGUAUGGAACAAUACAGUGCUUUUAAUUUUGUGAGAAGAGGCUGCUCAAAGGACACAUAUAUUUGUGUCAGAAGUGCUCUUACAUUAGAAUUGAAAAGGAUAUUCUUCUAAACGGUGUUUAAAUUAAAUUUAAAAAAAAAAAAAAGAAACUUCUAAAAAUAGAUCAGAAUUGGUUUGAUUCUCUGUUGUCAAAAUCAUUGGUUCUCUUGUCGAAUACUGGAUAGCACUGGACUCAUUUGUCUGAGAUGUUAAGAAAAUGUAAUCACUAUUUGCUUUUGAAUCUAAAACCAGUAAAUUGAUGUGCAUUUGGUCACUGUUCUAGCAGCACCUGGAAGCCUGUUGUGUUGAAGGGACUGCUUUUAUUACAAAAUGGAAUUGAAUUUUAUCCACCAGACUUUUAUCCAUCUCAGAUUAAAUUUACUUAAAGGAUGAAUCAGCAAUUAAUAAUCCAGCCAUGUUAAUAUUCAGUCCAGUGGUGACAGCACCUCACACUAAUUUUGUACUCACUAAUUGAGUGAAAUAAACAAAUGACAUCAGAUGGCUCUAGCCAUAAUAAGUCUGGCAAUAUUCUGUUUAAUAUUAUAUAUAUUAUAUAUAUUUAAUAUUCUGGUUUUCUUAUCGUCAAAGAAAAUCUCAAAAUCAACAAUGUUAGUCCAUCUUUCUGACUUCCCUACUCUUCCACAUUUGGUACGCCAGUGAGCAUUUAAUGGGGAUACUCAAGGACUUGAUUCAGACAUAAGUAUUCAUUUAAUGUACAGAGUAAUUGCCGCCCAGCCUCCCUCGUGGGAACCUGACUUUUCUAUUUAUUUUUUAUUACAUAAAAUGGGUAAAAUCCACUGUUGCAGGAGUGUGAGCUCCAUGUUUGUCACUGCUGCUGUGUUAGCUGGUGCUAACUGGGCAGAUGCUGAGCUGACCAGGAGGAGAGCAGCUCGGAAAACAGUCCUUCAGCACUGCGUCUAACCUAUGUAACAGCAGCAACAGAAAGUUUCCUGACUUUUUUUUUUAAAUGAUAACUUUAUAUUUAUGAAAUAUUAGACUAAUUGAAACCUGGUUGUUCAAUAAACAAUUUUCAAAUUGCA